AUGGCGUCUUCUCCAGACAUGUCAUCCACGCUUCUGAAUCUUCCUCCCGAGGUCAGGAAUCUCAUCUAUAAAUUCGCUUUCCAACAGCCGAAACCGCUGAAGCUGAGGUGUCCGUCGCAACGACGACUCCGCCCAUCGCGGCCCUCCAAAGACGAUCCUCGUGGGUUCUUGGACACCUGCCACCUGAUCCGGUCAGAGGCCAUCACGUUGUUUUACAGUCUUAACGCCUUGGUGUUCCGGUCCUCAGCAGACGCCCUGGCAUUCUUGUCCGAUGUGGAUAUCCACCCCCUGAUCAAAUCGUCGUUGACGCACAUUGCGGUGGAUUUUGGCGACAGCACCGAUGCCGAUGCCAUCCUCAAGGACCACAUCAAUCUCGUCGACAUCUGCGUAGGCAGUCUGCCCCGGCUCAAGGCCAUGGAGACCCGCUUCUACGCCCGAACUCUGGACGCUUGCUCAUCAUCGCAUUUCCGAACCUUGGCGCUCGCGUUUGACGGGCUCGACGCCGACAUGAAUGCGCCUCCUUCCCCUCGCACACCACGCUCGCCUAGGUCACCCCGGUCGCCGCGUGGCUCUCCCCGAGGGUCGAUCUCCAGCGGCAGUUCGUCACCGAUCUCGCCGCCGUCGAGCUUGUGUUCUUCUCCCUGCUGGGACUCAGAACCCGAGCCCGAGCCCGACAUGUCAGCCAUUCAAGCCGAAGUCCUGGAACAGUACUGCUUCACGCCAUCCGCGGCCAUUGCCUUCGCCAAUUCCAAGCUGAAGUUUUCGGUGGCCGCCUCCUCCGAGAGCUACCCCAGCGUCAAGCACGACAAGCUCAUCUGCUACAAUCUCCGGAUCGGGGCGGAUGGGAUCGCCAACGCCUUGGGCCCUGCCAAAGAGGCUGUCAGGGAUCGAAUCAGCCGCGUCGGCAUGUUACCCCGGCAGAUUAGCGAACUGUACGACACUGCUGCAAAUGGCAAGUUUCACCAACGAGUGCGAUCAACCAUCGCCAACUGUGCGAGGAUCGACGUGGGCGUUUCAUAA